AUGAAGCUGAACAUUGCGAACCCAGCCUGCGGGCUGCAGAAGACGGUGGAGAUAGACGAUGAGAAGAAACUUUUGCCUUUCUUUGAACGCCGCAUGGGGGCUGAGGUGCCAGGGGACUCGUUGGGUGACGAGUUCAAGGGCUAUCUCUUCAGGAUUAGCGGCGGCAAUGACAAGCAAGGCUUCCCCAUGAUGCAGGGUAUCCUUGCAAACCACAGAGUCUCCCUCCUCUUCCGCGCGGGAAUGAAAUGCUACAGGCCUCGCCGCACCGGUGAGAAGAAGCGCAAGAGUGUGAGAGGUGCCAUUGUGGGGCCCGAUCUCUCUGUGCUGAACCUCGUCUUGCUCAAGAAAGGCCCUGCAGACAUCCCAGGGCUUACUGGGGGAGACAAGCCGAGAAGGCUCGGACCUAAGAGGGCAAGUAACAUCAGGAAGCUCUUCAACCUGGGCCCUGAAGCCGAUGUUACCAAGUAUGUGGUGAGGCGCACGAUGGAGGGCAAGAACAAGACCAAGGCACCCCGCAUUCAGCGCCUGGUGACAAAGUCUCGUAUUCAGAGAAAGCGCGUCCACUUGAACAAGGUCAAGAGGCAGGCGCAGGCCUCUCGCGUGGCGCUCAAGGAGUACAAGGACCUUCUGCACAAGAUUGCAUCCGAGAAAAGACACAAGAAGCACGAACACACCAAGGCAAUGCAUGCAGCAGCAGCUGGUGCUGCUGCCACCGUUGCAACGAAGACGGCCCCUGCUAGUGCCAUGGGCAAAUGCAAGGCCAAGAGGAACACACCUGCCUUAUGGGCUGGAGAUCCCAUCCGGGGUAUAAUUGUUAGAGAUACGAGAGCGGUUGCUUCAGCAGUCAGACCGCAGUGGGAGGGGGCGACCUGCAAUUUUUCCUUCAGGAGACAUGCCACAGGCGGGGUGCUUUUGAAAGGAGCGAGUCGGCUGAUUGCAUAUUGUUUGUCAAAUUCGGAUGUCGGCGUGCUCGGUUCUCCUGCAGUUAGAACUGUUCUGUUUGGGGGUCCUGUUCAGUGGCCGUCGAGCAACCCGCCUGCCCAGUUGCAGGGAUUGCUGUGGGAAAGACGAAAAUUAAGCCUCAAGGGCAGUGCUGCGAGUGGUAGGGUGUCGAGCGCGAAUAGUGCACGCUAG